AAUACUGGCCCAGACGGACAGUGACUGGCCUGAGGUGCAAACACCAUCUCUCUCACCAAGCCAUCACAUAUUUGUUGAUUCGACAGACUGGCAGUUCAUGUCCAGCGCUACGCUGAGGACCCCGAAUGGAUACUGCUAUGGAAGCCAACCUGGGCGCUGCUGGCCACAGUCCCCGCACAGAGCUCAAUGAUGAGGACUACUACCCUCAAGGUAGCUGGGACACAGUCUUUCUGGUAGCCUUAUUGCUCCUGGGACUGCCAGCCAAUGGGCUGAUGGCAUGGCUGGCCGGCUCGCAGGCCCGGCACGGGGCUGGCACGAGACUGGCUCUGCUCCUGCUCAGCCUGGCCCUCUCUGACUUCUUAUUCCUGGCAGCAGCAACCUUCCAAAUCCUGGAGAUCCAGCAUGGAGGGCACUGGCCACUGGGUACUGCCGCCUGCCGCUUCUACUACUUCCUAUGGGGUGUGUCCUACUCUUCCGGCCUCUUCCUAUUGACAGCUCUCAGCCUGGACCGAUGCUUGCUGGCACUGUGCCCACGCUGGUACCCAGAGCAUCGCCCAGCCCGCCUGCCCCUCUGGGUGUGUGCUGGGGUCUGGGUGCUGGCCACACUAUUUAGUGUGCCCUGGUUGGUCUUCCCCGAGGCUGCUGUUUGGUGGUACGACUUGGUCAUCUGCCUGGACUUCUGGGACAGUGAGGAGCUGCCUCUGCGGAUGCUUGAGAUCUUGGGGGGCUUCCUGCCCUUCCUCUUGCUGCUGGUCUGCCACGUGCUUACCCAAGCCACUGCUUGCAGGACCUGUUGUGGGCACCAGCCAAGGCCUAUGGCCCGACACGGCUUUGCCUGUGUGGCCAAGACCAUUCUGUCAGCCUAUGUGGUUCUGAGGCUGCCCUACCAGCUUGCACAGUUGCUCUAUCUGGCUUUCUUAUGGGAUGUCUACCCCGGCUACCUGCUCUGGGAAGCCCUGGUCUAUUCUGACUACCUGAUCCUGCUCAACAGCUGCCUGAGCCCUUUCCUGUGUCUGGCAGCCAGUGCUGACCUCCGGGCCCUGCUGCGCACUGUGCUUUCCUCCUUUGCAGCUGCUGCCUGUGAGGAACGGCCUGGCAGCUUCACGCCAGCUGAACCACACACCCAGGUGGCCUCUGUGGGCCUAACUCCACCAGGACCAACAACUGGAAGCCAGCCACAGUUGGACUCCCUGGUCCAGCCUGAGGUGAACCCCUCAGUCCAGCCACAGUCAGAUUCUGUGGUCCAGCCUGAGGUGGACUCCCUGAUCCAGUCACCACUGGAUCCUGUAGUUCAACUUGAGGUGAACCCUUUUACCCAGCCACAGUUGGAUCCCAUGGCUCAACCUCAAGUGAACCCCUCAGCCCAACCACAAUCAAAUUCCGUGGUCCAGACUCAAGUGGAUUCCCUGACCCAGCCACAGUUGGAUCCUGUGGCCCAGGCACAAUCAAGCACAGAGGCCCAGACCCCUGCCUGUGGGGCUGAGUCACCCUCUAACUCUGGUGAGGAAAGCAUCCCCAGUUUAUGCCCAGAUCCCACACCUGAGGCCCCUGAGAACCUAGACAGACCAGCUGUUCCUGAGGGAGAAAGCCCUAGCAGUGUUCCACCAAAAGAGGGCCCCAAUGCAGACCCUACUUGAGUGACUGGGAAGCCCAGGCCUGCCAGGGCAGUAGAAGAGUCAGAGAGCGAAUGAAGCAGCUAGGUGGAGAGUGGGAGCAUGAAGAAAAGCAGUAAUGAAAAACCCCAUCGAUUCCCUUGAGCCUGCCGGCAGGGCUGAGGAGAAGUGAAACCAGUUAGCCAAAAGUCCCGGACAGGGUUGUGUCUCCACCCUGUCUCACCAGGCUUCCCCAUUACUACCCCAAAUACCCAGCAUCCUUGAACUGCUGAGGAUGGUCCUGCUGGGUUCUAGCCUCCUGGGCAGGAUCCACACUUCACGUUAUUUCCUCCAUCC